AAGUGCCCGGACUGGUCAGACUGUGUUUACUUUUCCCUCCGGUACUUCCUGUAGGUCGGUCUGAUAGAGCUGCACACACAGCCCCAGAGUCAAUGAGCAGCUCCGCGGGGAUCCGGAGGUGAAAGCUCCGACAUGAAGCUGCUGGACGAGCGGAUCUGGGCGCUGUUUAAGCGCCACUGGAAAUACACGCUCACCUACUGGAGUGUGUUCUUCAGCUUCGGCCUGUGCAUCGCCUUCCUGGGCCCCACGCUGCUGGACCUGCGCUGUCAGACCCAGUCCAGCCUGCAGCAGAUCACCUGGGUCUUCUUCUCCCAGCAGUUCUUCCUGCUGGUGGGCAGCAGCCUGGGGGGGCUCUUCAAGAGAACACUCCUGUCCUCCCUGUGGACGCUCUUCUCCUGCGCGCUCGUCAUCUCGCUCGUGUUCUCCGUCAUCCCGCUCUGCGACCAUGUGUCGCUGCUGUCUGUCGCCAUGGCGAUCGCCGGCUUGGCCAUGGGGGUGAUCGACACCAUCGCCAACCUCCAGCUGGUGAAGCUCUACCAGAGGGACUCCGCCAUCUUCCUACAGGCCCUGCAUUUCUUCAUCGGCCUGGGAGCGCUGGUCAGUCCGCUGGUGGCCGACCCGUUCCUGUCAGAGGACUCGUGCGUCCUGGGUGCAAACUGGACCCUGAACUCCACCUCUCCCGCAGACCUGGAGCACCUCCGCGAGAGCCUGGUGGGGCAGGGGGCGGUGAUCCCCAACAUCUCCCAGUACCCUCUGCACACCGAGGGGGUGGUGAUCACCAGGGUGUCCUACGCCUUCUGGAUCAUCGCUCUGAUCAAUCUCCCAGUGCCAGCAGCGGUUCUAGCUUUGAUGUACCGUGAGAGACUGCUGCCAUGCUCCAGCACCGGGACACGCCUGCUGGAGCGAGCCGACUCUCAGUCCGGCGCUGGAGAAAGCAGUGAGGGUCAUCAGAGUUUCUUCCAUUGCUGUAACCUCGCCAAACUCCGGGGACGCCCGGCUACUUUCUUCCUCCUCCACGCUCUUGGCGGGGCCAUCGUCUUCAUCACGGAUGGAAUAAUAGGCUCUUACGCCGGCUUCGUCUACACCUACGCAGUGUCCCCUCCCCUGCUGAUGGGUCACAAGACCGCUGGCUACCUGGACACGUUAUUCUGGGCCGCCAUCACCGUGGGAAGACUGGCUUUCAUCUACCUGUCCUACAGAUACCCGGCGCCCAGGCUGCUCACCUUCAGUCUGCUGGGGGUCAUCGUGGUGCAAUGCCUGCUGAUGAUCUUCUACACGAGCUGUGUGUUCCUCUUCAUCGGCACCUGUGUGUUGGGACUGUGCAUCAGCAGCGUGUUCCCAUCCAUGCUGGCCUUCACAGAGGACAUACUGGACUACAAAGGUUGUGCCACCACAGUCCUGGUGACCAGUGCCAGCAGCGGAGAGAUGCUGCUGCAGCUGCUCAUCGGAUCGGUGAUAGACAGUCAGGGCAGUUACUCCUUCCUGUUGUGUUGCACAGUAACGUCGUUCAUCAGCCUCUGCCUCUUCCUGCUGUUCCUCGUUGUCCAGCGUUGCCACAGAAACGGCCAAACAGAUCCGUCUCAAGGCACAGACCUGAAGGAGAAGCCACAGCCUGGAGGUUCCUGAUCGGAGGGGCCCUGAGAGACUCAGUGGGGACGGGACUAGAGGACACAAAUAAAUGACCAAUGAAAAGAGAGCGUGGGAAGGAGAAGCAUCUCUUCAAGGCCACAUGGCCUCAGAACAGGAGCUUUACUCUGGCCUCCUCCAACUGAACAUUUUCGACGUAGCCGGAUGAUCAACAAGCAGCCGAAUGGAUGAGAAUUUCAUUUCAUAUUUGGCACAAUUAUGUCUUACUGCACUCUGUAACUUUGAUUUUGAUUAAGGCGCUUUCACAGCUGUAGGUCGGUUUAUUUUGUCCGAUAAAUGACUUACAAACACGAAGUGAUUCAGACUGAAAGUUUAGUGAUAUUUAUCCUGAGAGACUUGGUGUCACAACGAGCUCAGGGAGAAAUAAUGAUGAAGACUUUAAGCAAUAUUAGUAUGAUUAGACUGCAAAUCAGCCCAGUGUCCUACAGCUAAAGAGGGGUGCAGGAAUGAGUCCUAAAAAGGAGCAAUAUACCAAAAAUCCAAUGGCGAAAUCCCAUUGCUUUUUGCCAGGGUCGGACUACAAAUCACGUCAUUGCACCACUCUGUCGACAGUAACGAUUUUGAAUGUAUAACUUAAUGAACUGUACAGAAGCGUUGGAUUAAAGCACAACAUUUAAAACA